AUGAAAAACUUACGUUUCGAGUCUCAUCGAGCCAACGGAGGCGCAGCCGAAGCUGAGUUUAAUUUCGGUGAGUUUUUAAACUUUUUUCAAAUCUUUUUCAUCUACUGUUGCUGCAAAAACGUGGCAAAUUAGCAAAACAAGAUUGGAAUUUGACGAGAAGAACGCUUUUCCUCAUAAAUUAUCCGCUUUAAGUUGACUUCUGACGAAAUAUUUAGUCGACGAUCUUCAAGAUUUCCAUAUUUUCCGACAGUUGAGCGCUUAAAUCGAACUUUUCAACGCAGCAAAUCGUCCCGCGGCUCUGUUUUCGAAUUAUUAGAGCGUUGCGCGGAAAAUCUGACACAUUGUCCUGUGUUUGUCAUUCGUCUCCGCACAGAUACCUGUGCGCGACACAAAAAGUGAUUGGAAGUGCAUGUUCAUCCAUGCCAAGUGGCUUCUGCUUCUUUUUCUUCUUCUCCUUCUUGCCUAUCACUUUCAUUCCUCCUUCUGAUCAAUGCGUCCUCUCCUCCUCCCCGUCCAAACCGGCCAAUUGCGUGACACCCCCGCACGCAAUGCAAAGACUGCUAAUAACGAAUUGGGCAAUGAGAUGGCUCGUCUCCUGACGACGACGGGCACUUCUUCAUCGUCAUGAUUACUCCUCAUCUGCCGGCCGCCCGUCUCGACCAUUACUAUCUGACGUCUAUCAUAGGUAUCUUCAUUCGAUUCGUAAUACCACUGUAAUACCGACAAAAACUAAGAAACAAAUCAAUCAUUGAUGGGAGGGGGACGGCAGCUAGAAAUUGAGAGAUGAAGGCAAAUCGAGAGAGGUUUCCCGCUGAUUUGAUAAUCGGCGAAAAAGAGUAACCGACGGUCUCCAGUACUUUGGGGCGUGGUCGCCGGAAAAAAACCAGACUUUUCGAAAAUUUGUUGGCUCAAAAAUUACAUGUUUUGAAAUUUUAGUACUGAAACUCGGCCCGCCAACCUUUUUAAGAGCGUACACACGAAACUCGCUGAAAUUUGAACAUCUUCAGUCCAAAACAUGUAUCGAUCGAAUUUCUUUCAAAUUUAGCGGGGGAUUGCGAAAAUAAAGACAAUUCUAUGCGUUUUUUCCCGAAAAACGUGAAAUUUCACACGUGAAUUUGAAAGUGCGAUAGAGCGCACUUGCAAGCAGUGUUCACUAAUGGGGUUAUUCAGGCUGUGAAAAAAUGAUUGUUUUCCGUUUUUUUUUCGUUUUUUUACGUCAAAAAAUCCAAUUCAGCGAUGUAAAAAAACGAAAAAAAAAAGCGUUCUGCAAUGAUCUCGCUGCCGAGUUUGAAGAAAAAUACAAAAGUUCGGCCAAAAUGUGCCCAUAACAUCAUGGUUCUGCAACGUCACAAGCUGCCACUUUCCGAUUCGUCUCGAGUGCUGUGCCAAAACCGUGGCCCACCGCGUUCAAUUCUCUAUUGCUGAACAAACAGUGUACCAGCAGCAGCAGAAAGUUUUAGGAGCUUCUUCUCCUUCUUCUUCUCCUCCUUUCCCGCUUUUUCGCCCGCGCGCUUUCGUUGCAUUCCUCGGCAAAUUGUUUUUAGUCAAAACAAUACAAUAUAGCAACUUUUCAGCAGAAGCUCCUCCUCCUUUCUGUUCUUUUCACUUCUUCUUUGUUUCAUUCCUGACGAACUGUCUGAAAAAUGAAGGAAGACGAGAGUGCGACUGUUUCGAUUCGCAACGCCGUCAAUUACACGGCCAGCAAACGCGCUACACUGAAACGUUGGCGUGAUUCAAAAAAUAACCGCGUUUUUUUUCGAUUGCCGACCCGCUGCUCGAGUCGGAGUUUGAGCUGCGGCUUAUGUUCACCGAAACACGGGUAGACGCGAACUUUCGGCGGUCAUUCCCAUUCGAUUUGUGUAAUAAAGGCGUUAUUGGAAAAGCAAAAUGAAGAAAAAACGGUUCACGCCCUACUGAACUUCCUAUCAUCAUCAUCUUCUUAUCCUUCUUCUUCUUUUUCUUCUUCAAAACAGAACUGUCGUCGUCGGCCGAUGACUGUUCUUUUCUCUUUCGCAUUCGAUCGUUUGCCCUAUUAGCUGAAUUUUAUAAGUAAAUGCGCUCUUCCGUCUAAAUUAGCGAAAAAUGACUCUAACGCGCUCUAUCGCUCAACUUGCGCUCACGCUGCCACAUGUUUAAAACGGAAUUCAAACGCGCUCUACCGCACUUUGCGUGAAUUUAGAGCGGUGGAGCGAAAUUUCCAUCGCUAAUAGAUCCCCUGAUUUGUGACCAUCUCCGAUUCCCUCUCUUUCUCUCUUUCCCCAUUUCAUCCGGCUCGUGUUGCAGGAGAAGUGCGUCGUGCGGCCGCCAGUUUCCAAGAGAAUCCGCUGGAAGAUAAGAUGAGCGAGACGGAAAUCAUCACGAUCCGCAAGCCGGACGGCACGACCGAGACCAAGACAGUGGUACGUGUUUGUGUGAGCCCGUUAGUGCCCCCGCGUCAGGAAGAAAAAACCGAAAAAAAACGACUCAUCGGGGAUGGGGAAGGGAAGAAGAAGGAGCAGCUGUUCCGGCGAGCUCUUUGAUUGGGGCAGGUAACAUGGAUUCUUGAUCCGGACAUUUUUUGUCAGUUUCUUGGAUAAAAUUGUCGAAACGGCCAUUCUUCGGGUAAAUCCUGCGAAACAAGAAAAAACGACGAGUUUAGUGCUAAUUUUGCUGAUUUUCCACCAAAUUCUGUCAAAAUUGAAUCAAUCUUUGUCAAAUACGAGUGGAAAAACAGCGAAAUUUGCACUGAAUGUGGAGCUAUGCGAAAAAUCAGUUUUCUCCGAAAAAAUUGUCGAAACUUUAAAUUUUCGGGCUUCUUGUGCAGUUUUUCUCGAGAAAAGUAGCGAGAAUUUCGUCAAAACUACCGAUUUUCCGGAGAAUUUUGUAGAAAUUACACAGAAAAUGAACAUUUUGAAGAGAAUUUUCGCUUGGCGCGACAAAUUUUUUCCGCGGACUAGUUUUCAGCCGUUGAAAAAACUAGUCCGCAUCGAACCAAAUGUUCAUUUUACCAGUUUGAACGUCUGAAAAGCGUGAAAAAAAAGUAGAGUUGAUGAUAUUCACAAAGCCCGGCGGCGGCAUACAAUAAUUGUGUUACCGGGCGCGCGAAUCCGGUUCAUCUCCCUCCAUUUUGAUCCAAUCCUCCUCCUCCCCCUUCCCUGCCGAUUUUUCCGUUUCGUCCACUAUACCAGUUAUUUAUUUACCUGUCCUAGUCCGUCCGUUUUCAUCGAUUCGCCCCCCGGCCGCCGCUACCGAAUUCUGUCCGUUUGCAAAAGGUAACCGCGCCCAACACGACCGUCGUCCGCUGCCUUUAUCAAUCUAGAAGCGCAGAAGAAGAAGGGAUAGGUUCUGUGGUGUCUAUUGUGUUGCCAUAAAAACUCAAAAAAAAAAACGUUUCGUUUCUUUCCCAUUUUGUUAUUCAAAUGUCUCUGAAAUCGAACGUGUUCAAGCGAUAACAAAGAUAUUGGGUUUCAGCAUUCUCAACUCACUAAAAAAAAACGCCGAUUCUUCCCCCACUCACUUUUUUUUUGUUCUACUAGUACAAAUUGACUACACCACACCCAAAUGUUUGCCUUUUCAUCAAUGUUCCCUUGUUUUUCGUCUUCAUAAAAGCACAAAAACAAACGGUUGAAAUCGAUGUUUUUUCUGCAUUUUUAUCUAUCACACCGCCCCGCCGAUUUCCCGCCGCAUUUAUCACCGCUCGCCCGUCGUCUUGUCUUCUCAAGGUCGAUUCGCCGUCCAUUUCCGGAUUGGUUUCCGUUCGAGAGGAACACGAUUUCUUGUUUGACUUUGACCACACUUCCGUACUUGUAAAGUGACACUUUUCUUUUGAUGUUCAUGGGUCAAUUCAGCCGUCUUUUCAUUUGGUUUUAGCGCUUUUAAAGUCCAUUUCUAUCGCUACUCGGUUGCGAAACGACUGGUUGCGAAAUGUCCCCUACCCGAUCGAAUGAAGGUGUGAUAUGUGGCCAUCAUCAUGAUUGUUCCGUCGGGUAACCUUGAGUGGGAUAAUCACUUCUUUUCGUCAUAAAUCUCGUAUUUGGAAGGGAACCUGCUCAUAACACGGAAAGUGUUGGUUUGAUCGGAUACUAGAGUGCGUUUGUUGAAUCCUAGGCCAUCAACAUUGUCUUUUACGGAUCCCGGGCCACCCCAGUCAAUCUUUUGUUUCAUCUUCUCAAACCUUCUCGGAUCGCAGGCCAGUUGAUUCAAUUUUGUUGAAUCCUAGGCCUUCCCUGCUCGCUCACUUUCUAGAUCAUCGGGUGAGCGCAAAAGCGCUCUACCGCACUAGAUUUACCACAUUUUCAACAAGUACAAUAGUCUGUCUCUCUCUAUCGAUCUCUCACCUGCGAUUCUUGACCGUGUAAACUGCUAUCAUCGCCGUCGGAUCUCAUCCCUCUCCGUCUCCUUCUUCUUCUUCUUCUCCUUCUUUUUCUCAUUUUCAACACUAGUAGUAGUAUCUGUCACUUUUCUCCUAAAAACCAGGUCAUCAUCUUUCGUGGUCGUGGUACGGUGCGUCAGCAAUAUAUUAUUCGUUUUGUCUUCCAUAUUUCUUUUCUAUUGUGUGCUUGUGUGCCUGUGCCCGGCGCCCAUAAAAGCUUGAAAGUUUCGUGGCGAUUCUCGCUCUCGCUCUCUUCUUCUUCUUCUUCUUCUUCUUGAUUUUUCUCGUUCCGUAAGAUCCCCACACACUAGCUAAUCGUUUGCUCGUUUUGAAGUGGAGGACAGAACUAUGAUGCAAAACGAGGAAGGCACGACUGUCGAACUGGGACCGGCCAAGGACGUUCCGCACUCGGACGACGUCACCCGGCCAAACGCUUCUCCGAAAAAGGUUCUAGGGAAUAGAAAUAACCGAGAAAACUAGAGAAAUUUGGGGAGAAGGAUCGGGAAAAUUGAAGUUUUACAGUGGUAGUAACCCAAUCGUAAUCGGUUUCAGGAGAAGAAGAAGCUUCAAUUCCACAUGGCGAACAAGGUGAAGAUCAUUCCGACGAACCGUCAGGGACAGCUCAACACUGGCUACUUGGCCACUCUCGGAGGAGUGCUCAAGAUCGCUGAGAUUGUAGGCUUUACGAUGUGACCCGAUUCCUUGCAUCUGAUCCAUUCCAGGUCCUCUCGUUCAUCGCCUUCGUGCUGGCAAUCUGCGCGGACCGCCGCACAACAACCGCCGCGUGGACCGAGCACAUCUCCUUCGAGACGCUUCUGAUCGUCUCCGCACUGCUCCUCGGCUACGUCGUCUUCCCGCACCUGACGAUCAAGGACGAGGCGACCCGAGAGGGACUCAUCGUCGUCGAGCUCAUCUUCUACGGCGUCAACACCCUGCUCUACUUCAUCUCCAUCUGGCUCAUGGUCCACUUGUCGGCCAGCUGGGGCACCGACGGUCGAGGCGCCGCCAUCAUGACUGCUGUAAGUCUGGUCGCGGACGGUUUGUGUCGAAACUUCUGUAAUUUCAGGUGAUCUGCGUCGCGCUGACCGUGCUGUUCGCCAUCGAGACCGUCGUCAAACUGAAGGCGUGGCGAGGAGAGAACGAGCCGCAGACGGUCGUCGUUGCCGGAAACGCUCAGGCCUAA